UGCUUGCUAUUUCAACUUAAUUGGAUCUGGUAGGCCUAACUUUACUAGCCAGAAAUUAAGAAAGAAAUAAACUGAAUAAACAAAUCUGAAAGAGUAAUUUGAAAAGUGUUAAGAAGGACUCAAUAUCUAACUAUUAAUUCUUCACUAUCCUUCACACUUAAACUCAGACCAUGAAGAUAUUCUAGCAACAGUUCGACUUCUUAUUCUAUGUUGAUGCCACAUUUUACUAAGUACCUAGCUUACAUGUUUUUCUUCUUGUAUUGUUCCUGUACUAAAGGAAUACCUUCAUGAAGGAACUUGCCCUGUGGCAAAGGUUGCGCCAUCCAAAUAUCGCACAGUUCCUUGGUGUUUUAAACAAUUCUGAUCGCUUGAUCUUCCUAACUGAAUAUUUCCGCAAUGGAAGUUUGUAUGACAUAUUAAAAAAGAAAGGAAGACUAGAUACACCAACAGCAGUUUCUUAUGCUUUAGAUAUUGCGAGGGGCAUGAACUAUCUCCAUCAACAUAAACCACAUGCUAUCAUACACCGAGAUUUGACACCCAGGAAUAUAUUACAAGAUGAAGCUGGACACCUCAAGGUCACGGACUUUGGCUUGAGCAAAAUUGCCCAGGAAAAGGAUGCGUAUGGUUAUAAAAUGACGGGAGGAACUGGUUCAUAUCGUUAUAUGGCUCCUGAGGUUUAUCGCCGAGAAUCCUAUGGGAAAAGUGUUGAUGUCUUUUCAUUUGCUCUACUAGUGCAUGAGAUGUUCUUAGGGGGACCAUCCAAUAGAGCAGAAACUGCAGAACAAAUUGCUGACAGGCGAGCAUAUGAAGAUUUCCGACCGCCUCUUUCCUCGAUUGUGUAUCCUGAAUCCAUCAAGACGCUUCUUCGAGAAUGUUGGCACAAGAAUCCAGACUGUCGACCUACUUUUGAAGAGAUAAUAAUAAAGCUCGAGUCCAUUGAAGAGAGUUUCCAGAAGGAGAAACCCAUGGGAGAUUGCUGCAGCUGUUCCAUCUUAUGAGAACAUUCUGUUCUCUGUGUAGAAACCAGACAAUAAUCAAAAGAAGAUUAAUCACAUUAUGAAGAACAAUAAGUACUUACAGGGAAAUUAUGAGCCUGCUAUUAGUAGCUAUAUUGAUAUGGUAUUUGUUGAUCAACUGUAAUGAUUCUGAGUUUUAAUGAAUUGAUCGA